GUUACGAAUCGGGCCAGUUGAUAUCGCUACGCAAACUGUUUUAUAUCCGAGGAAGUGUUAGAUUUGCGUCUUCCGGUGUUAAUAAAGAUUACGAUCUUCGUCAGUUAUGCGUGAAGAUCUGGAUUUGCCGGAUCUUCCGGAUCCCACUGUACUCAUCAAGCUUCAUGGGACGUUCAUGGUUAUUGCGUGGAUUUUGUGUUCUUCGGUUGGAGGAGCGGUCGCAAGGUAUUUCAAGAAGACGUGGGUAACGCAGCAAUAUUUUGGUGGAGAUGCCUGGUUUCUGUACCACCGGAUGUAUAUGUUCUUCACUUGGCUGCUAACAUGUUCCGGCUUUAUCAUCAUCUUUAUCGACAUGGAUGGAUGGCAGGAUAAUGCCCAUGCCGUGUUGGGUGUUACUACGUUCGUCCUGUGCUUUUUGCAGCCCAUUUUGGGCGCCGCCAGUCCUCCGGGGCACACAAGACAAAUCGCCCGCAUUCUGCAUAUAGUAUCCGGUAAUGUGUCAUACUAUCUGGCAGUUGCCAACAUGUUCCUGGCAGUCGGGCUCAAAUCGGCCAACCUUCCGGAAGCGCUGUACGGUUGGCUUGCGGGAGGUCUAGCGCUACAUCUGAUAGCGCAUGCAGCAUUCAAUGUACUGGAUUAUAUGUCAAGGAAAAGAGCCGCCAGUCAACCUAUCUUAGAUCCAACGAAGGAUGCUUCGUAUUCCAGGUGGCGAAAGGUUACCUUGAUGGCGCAGAUGAUUGGACUACUUGCUUUCACAAUUGUAAUAGUUGUGCUGAUAUGGCGAACUUAAGUUCUAGACGAGCGGUGAUGCACCGGGGGUUGUAUGCACAAGGGUGGAUGCUAAACUGUGAUUAUAUGUACACCUACAAUGUUCUCAUUUUGGAAGUGACGUUUAGUAAUAUAAAGUCAGGUGCCA